GAGGCGCUACAGCAGCUCAUCACAUGAUUCUUCUCUUGUGACAAUCCAGACAGAAAGGAAAAGCCUCUCUGACUUCCAGCUGAGUUACAUGGUGCUGCGAUGACAGAUUAUUGUUGUUUUGGUGCCACAGGACCAAAUGCAAGAAGGGAAAUGGAGUUAAGUUAACCAUCGCCGCACUGAUCCAGCCCAUUCCCGUCUUCAAAAAGUGGACGUUUGGUAAAGAUUUGAGGUUGUUGCGCCGACCUGGAAGAAGAGGAGAGGGGACGGGGGGGGGGACAAAGUUGGCGCAUGGAGAGGGACGAAGUUUCAUUUUGGCGCAGCGUCUUUUCUUUGUUUUUGUCGCCUCUGCGCGUAAAUCAGCGUCGGUCAACACAACGCAAGUGAGCGGAGUUGAGCUUUGACUGUUUUUUUUUCUGUUGCCGAGUUUAUCAAGUUAAAAGGAGACAACUUGAGGACACAGUCCUGUAAGAGAGAUGGUGGACAGCAAGCCUCUUCUCCAGGACAGACCUCCCGCCUACACCACCGUCCCCGGGGCUUAUGAGUACGGCCCGCAGCCGCAGCACAACUAUGGGGCCAUCCCUGCACCGGCCCCGCCGCCGUACCCGUACCCCGACGGCCAAGCAGGAUACCCAGCAGCCCAAAUGGCCCCUGCGGUAUCCCAGCAGCCUUAUACGGGGACUUACACCAUUAUCCAACCCUCUGUAGUGGUGGUGGGAGGCUGUCCUGCCUGCAGAGUUGGUGUCCUGGAGGAUGACUUCACUUGUCUGGGGAUCCUGUGUGCCAUCUUCUUCUUCCCCCUGGGACUCCUCUUCUGCUUCGCACUGCGUCAGAGAAGAUGUCCCAACUGUGGCGCCACCUUCGGCUAGAGGGACCAAACCACAGCUCACACACCUGCUCGUGCUCCCACCACACACACACACACACACACACACACACACACAUAUAUAUAUAAUCCAACAUCUUUGUUUCUUUCAUUUUGUUUAUCUUUUCUUAAUAUUGCACAUAUUGCUGUUGCCAUUAUGUUAUGUACAACAAAUGAUCAAGAUAUUACCAUGAAUUAUGACGUGAGUUUUUAGUAGAGGCGCGUGUAGAAAUCGAUUUUUCAUCUGCUAGUUGCGGAUAUAUUCUAGCAUAUGUAAGUGUCCAGGUGUGCCUUCACUACAUGCUGAGUGAUCAUCAGAGAUUCCAUCAGUCAUGAUUUCGUCUGUAGAUUUAGCUCAGUCAUCCAAGAAUCUGAGCAGAUUCCUUUUAUGUCUUUUGACAAGCCAGAAUUAACCGAGGCACGUGUAGUAUUUGUGCCUGAGUUUUUGUUUUUCCUUUUUAUUUUUGUCUUUGCUGCCCGCUGCAUACAUAUUUGUUUUGGUUAACAUUGUGCUUAGUAACAUUGUACUCACUGAUUUAUGAGCUUUUUCUGGAAAAUACAAACUUUUUUGGCUCAGUGUGUCAUGGAAUAACACAGAUGUGUAUAAAAAGAAAAAAAGAAAGAUGUGUAAAGAUCCUUGGACGUGAACUGUCCCGGCUGGAACAAUGGACUCGCCUCAGACAGAAAGCCUGCACCGUUUUUUUUGUCUGUUUUUUGUUGAUAUUAAUUCUUGGGGCCAUAUUUGCACUGACCGUUUGUUUGAUGAUUAUUCUGCUGGGUUGUGCUUUUCCAGGGCCAAUGCAGACCUCAGGUACAUACAAUCUGAAAUGCCCUCGACUUUACAACCUCAAUCACUGUUUGACUUCGGAUUUCUACCUUCAUUAAGAGGACUCUUUUCGUCAGACUCCAUUUUAACGUGCGGAGUUCCACUUCAAGGAAGCAUGCUGAGAGCAAAAGCUGAAGAAAUCUCUCAAUAAUGUGUAUAAUCUCUGGAUUUUUAUCUUAGUACUCUGUGACAAGUCACCCUGCCCCAUUCCUCCCAACCAGACAAUCAAUCAAGAAUGUCUAUGUCCUUGUAUCUGCAGUAUCGCCAUGUCUACGUCUUCCAUCACAGCAAGAUGUUAUAUAACUAUCAGAAGAGAAGAGAAAGAGAUGUGUGGGAGGGGUUUUAAAAAAAUAUAUUGCUUUAGAAACACACUACGCACGCUCUUAUGAUUGAGGUUCUUACUUUUUAUAUGAGUUACUGUAAUUAAAAAUGAAUGCUACUUCCUUG